GAACAGGGCCGGGGGUCUAGUCUAUGGGGCUUCCAUGAUCAUCCGAGUCGUACCAUCUUUGACACCGAUCUGACAUACCUCACUCAUUCUUGCAAAUAUCACAACAUGAUGCUUUCAUCUAACAAAUCUCCCAUCGCAUCUCGGAGCACAUCAGAUAAGCUACUAGAUUUCGUACAGUUGUCAACGGUCAACCACCAUUUUCAAUACUGUCGUUUAUAUCGCCAAUUUGUGGUAUUGGGAGGGUUUUCCCCCAUGGACACAUUGAUGCCUUUGAUGCUACUUGACUUAUACCAACGUACCUGCAUCGUCCCCAACGUCCAAAGGUCGCCGAACUUCAACACCCAUCAAAUGUUACGACCGGGGUGUUAUGUAAUAUACAAUACAAUACUGCUAUACUACUCUUCUAACGGAGGACCAAGGAUUACUUUAUUGGCAGGACCAAUGACUCACAGUACAUAAGAGAGCGUUGCGACGAAGAGAUCCGCAGGUACAGAUAGAGUUUAAGGAAAUAUUAAACUAAAAAAAGUUUGUUAAACAAUGGAAUUCCGCAUCAUAUUUAGCCUUUUGUGCCUUGUCUUAAUGACUGACAUAUCAACUGCAGAUCCGACAGUGACAGUAGCUCAAGGGAUACUCGUGGGUAAAACGGUCAACUUCACAGAAGAGGACUAUAUCGGCGUUGAUAAAAGCUUUGAUGUUUAUCUGGGAGUACCGUUUGCCGACCCACCCCGUCGCUUCAAGCCACCAGUCGCCAAACAACCAUGGGAUGGACCUCUUACCGUGAAAGAGUUUAAAGACGCCUGUUCCCAGACUUCUCCUCCUCCCUCUUACGCUGGUCCAUUGUCCGAGGAUUGUCUUUAUCUCAAUGUCUAUUCGCCAAGCCCAAAGCCCACCAAUGCCUCAGUCAUGGUAUGGAUACACGGAGGUGGGUUUGUUUCAGGAACAGCCAACGAUCUUGAUUACAACGGAAUCCCAUUGGUCGCUGUCGGUGACGUCAUCGUAGUUACAAUAAAUUAUCGUCUUGCUGUUUUCGCAAAGUUUACUACCAAGGAUGCCGAAGCACCUGGUAAUCUUGGUAUGUUGGAUCAGGUAGCAGCCCUACAGUGGAUAUACGACAACGUUGAAGCUUUCGGAGGAGAUAAGGACAGAAUUACUAUAUCUGGAGAGAGUGCCGGUGCAGCGUCAGUACAUUACCUCACACUCUCUAAACGAAGUCGUCAUUUAUUCAAUCAAGCCAUCAUCCAGAGUGGAACAACAUCCUUUGAUUCCAGACCGGCGGAGAUAGAAGUACAAGAUGCCAGGAAUCUCGGGGAGGCCUUGGAUUGUGCCACGUCGCCGUCUUCUGCCUUGGUCGCAUGUUUGGAAACUAAGACUCCUGACGAGAUUCUAAACGCUUCUUUACCGGCGUAUUCAUCAUGCCCCAUUUCUGUGGACGGAAACUUCCUUGAGGACAAACCAAUCAAUCUUUAUGAGCAAAAUGACUUCAAGAGGUGCCCUGUACUGACUGGUGUCAGCAAAGAUGACGGAACUCUCUUUCUUCGAUUCCUCUUUGCCAGUAGUCUUCAUCUACCACGACCAACACUUAAUAGUACAGGCUUAGAAGAAUUAAUUAGAGGAUUGAUGGCCCCAUAUGGCGUCACUGAUGAUAUCUUGAUCGCUGCGAUUCUUCAGCAAUACACGGACUGGUCCAUUGUCGAGAACCCCUCUGCCGAUCUGAUGCCAUCUUUCAUAGAGUUUGCUGGAGAUCACCGAUUUGCCUGUCCUUCAGAUCAGUUUGUUAGGUACCAUGCUGAUGUGGGGGACAUUGUCUUCAAAUACUUUCUGACGCAUGAGCCGUCACGUUCUCGUCUAGGUUUACCAGAUUGGUUUGGAGCUGGUCACGCGGAAGAAAUUACGUUUGUCUUUGGAUUGCCAUUCAUUGAACAUCUUCCUUUAAGAGGUUUAGACCAGAUGACGGACGAAGAAAAGAAGUUGUCGGUCAAGAUGAUGAAGUUAUGGACCAACUUUGCUAAAUUUGGGGAUCCAACAUCUGGAGCUGACCCUAGUGAAGGGUUGGGCACCUGGCCAUCCUUCACUCUACCAGAGCUCUCUUACAAGGAGAUAUCCCUGGAUCUUGGUGUAGGAAGAGCAUUGAAGGCCAAUCAAUGUAACUUCUGGAAUUACUAUUUCCCAAAACUCCAGGAUGAUAUUGCUUCGAUGGAUCAAGGUUUAUUGGACUGGCGGAGUGAGUUUACCAGGUGGCAAGGUGAAAUGUCUGACUGGCAACGUGAAUAUGACCAAUACAAGAAAACUCCACGGUGCAACUAAUCUCGUUCCAUGUGAUAUGCUAAAUUUAAAAAAAAACUCACACAAACUUAUAGGCCUAUACAUUGCAACUCAAUUUUGACUAUGAUUAUUCUCAAAUAAGUCACGCAGUUGACCUGUAGUACAAAUUUUAUUAUGAAUAGAAGACCCGGAUUUUAAUUUCAUAGAGAAAGUCAGCUGAAAAUAAACAAAUAUUUAAAGUAUGCAUUUUUAUGAAAGUGGAAUUAUAUUGAUAGCUCGUUCUAGUUUAUUAAAAGAAAAGUGUCACUGUUUCAUGCUAAACAUAUUAUAGUGACCACUCAAUGAAUAAUCAUGAAUGUAUAGAGAUAUACGAAUUGUAUUGUAUCUGUAACUGACAAAAAGCCUUUAGUUUAAGAAAACUUACUGUUAAAAAUAAAAUAAAAAACGCGAAAACUUACUGUUAAAAAUAACAAAAAAACGCGAAAACUUCGACACAUAAUUAUUUUGAAUAUGAUAUUGUUUUAAAAUGUAACUUUCUUCUUUCCAAUUCAAUCCAAUCCAAUUCAAAGGUAAUUUGAUAUAGCGCCUUUUCCUUUCGGUUGCAAAGCGAUGUGCACACACUUCUCCACUAUCUUUUUAAACGAUACAGGCUGAACUUAACACUUUUAUACUCAGUAAAAAUACAGACGACAUUAAGAUUUAAUAGAUGAAUUUAUCAAUGUGUUCUAUUGUAUUAUUUUUUCCUCAAUUUUGCAUGGAAAUUUAGUUUUAGAUCGAAUGACCGAUCGAAACAAAUUUUCAAGAGGUCAUCCUUCCCCCUUUGGGACCCGGGUUCGACUUCCGGCAGAAACAUUAUUUUUCGGCCUUAUCAAACUUUUCAUAAAGGUAGAGCCUUGAUUAAAUCUACGCCUUCCAUUAUUGUCGAUCCCCAUUCAUGUAGGACUAUUGUAUUAUUAUCACUUGUCAUAACAAUCUAUACAUAAGCUUGUAUAAACGUUGACGAAUAAUGGCGUUUUCUUAAAGUUACCAAAAGGGGUGAACUGUUUUUGAUAGAACUUUAUUGAUACUCUGUAUGAUUUGAUAUUUCCAUAUAUCAUGCAAAUGUUUUCAAUGUGUAUAACAAUAAGAUUUAUUUAGCUGGUGUUGUUCUAGUUGACUUUUCGAUCACAUCUCUUUUUUCACUACUACUUCACCAUCACUUCAUAUCUUACAAAGUUAAAGACACACAAAAUAAUAUCAAUUGCAUGUUGUAGAAGGAAUUCUUGAAGAUACGCUUACACAUGUACAGGGUGAAAGGGGGCGCUAUACCGCCACUCGUCUAGGUGCCAUGUAUUGUCCUUUGAGAGGAUACUGGCCUUUUAUGAUAUUUUUAUGAUAUGACAUUUAUGAUAUUUUAAAGUUUCUCUUUAUUUCACAAAACAGUAUAAAGGGAACCGAUAACCCACUCACUAUGAAUUAUGAAAUAUUAUUUUUUUCCUCAUUGUUAUGUGAAACAAAGUUUCAUUUCUCUCCGCUAAAUUACCAUCGAUUUAACCUGUGGUUUAAUCAAUAUGGUCGUUUAUCCUUUAUCAAAUCUGUAACAAUAAUGUAUAAUUCAAACAAUAAAACACAAAAGAAAUA